UUACUUGACUGUUUUGUAACAGACUAACAGUAACAGCUCCUUGUCAGCUGGUGUUGUGACAGUGUUAAAUAUCUGGUCAUGAUUGGACGAUUUGUUAACCUCAAAGCGUGCGUAGCAUUUUUCAAAAGAAUAAUUCAUGUCAGUAAAGUUAAUUGUUAUUAAUGUGGUGUUUGUUGUUCAUUAAUGCUUUACUCUAGUGAGCUGCCAGGAGGUAUAUAAUAUUUAAACAUAUUUACACCAUUUCUGUCCUCAUGUUCUCUGGAAAUACAGGCCUUUCAUCAGAGCAGCAGAAUCUUCAAAUAUUGAUCAUUGAAAACAAGCCCUGUAUAAGUAGACUGCCGCCUGCAAUAGACUUGGAUUCUGAGAUUGACCCUCUACAGUUUUGUAAAGUGGAAAACGAAAUUAAUGAGGAUGAACAAAAUUAUGGCUGUCCGGAUCUGGAGGCUUACUCGUUUAGUCCAUCAAUCUCCAGUAGAGUGUCUGAUACAUUAAUACAUAAAGGACUGCAAACAUUUGAAUGCACCUUAUGUGGUAAAUAUUACAAAAAAAGAUGCCAUUUAAUGAGGCACAAACUCGUUCACGCUGGUGUGAAACCUUACACAUGUGACGUGUGUGCUAAGUCGUUUACUGAAAAAAGUGAUUUGGUAAAACAUGAACGGAUACACAUGGGUUUGUUACCAUAUAAGUGCACCACUUGUGAGAAAUGUUUCACACAGAAGUGUAAUUUAUUAAGGCAUAAACGUGUUCAUUCCGGAGAAAACCCAUUCCACUGUGACUAUUGUGGUGUGGGUUUUGCUAAAAAACGUUAUUUAGGCUUUCACCUGCGGGAGCGUGCAUGUAUAAAAUCAUAGAAUGUGUUAUUGUAUGAAUAUGAUUAUAAGGUAUGAUCACAUUGUCAUAAAUUAGCUCAUUUUAAAAAAGAAUAUAUUUACAAUUAAAUGAUGUAUUGAAUAAGGAUUGGUUCACUGUAAACAUUUUAUUUUUUUCAAUUUUAAUAUUAACAUCGUUUUUUGUCUACAAACAGUUAUAUGUUUAUAAAACUAUAUAGAGUUAUUUAAGACUUUUUUAUCGAGUAUUUUCUGUGUACAGAUAGAUUAUCUAAAAAUGUAUUCACUGUUUGAAUGGUUAUUGAUAAAAAUAUAAAGAAAUACAAAAUAUCUCACUGCAACAAUUGAUAGGAUAAAAAUGGUGAAAACACAUCUUCAUCGUGUAAGUAGUGUUUAAACUACUUUUUAUUGUUGUCUGUCACUUGUUUUGUAUGAAAUAGAUUAUUUAUUUAAUCAUUUUGGUUGAAUAAUAUUUGUCUUUUUACCAAUAUGAGUGAGUUUUGGAGCUGUGGGAAAAUUGGGGGUGAUAAAGAGCUUUAAAGAUACCUAAACCUACAUUUGUGACAAGUUUGAAGCAAAUUAAAGCCGAAAAUGAAAAAGGUUUGUUUGGACAAAGAAAAACUCCUAAUAAAAAUGUCUCAUUUAUAAUACAUAUCAUUCAAGAAAUCCCCUUUGUAAAUUUUUAUGUCAUGAACUAUAAUGUCAUGAGCUUGAAUGCUAAUAAGUAAGUCACACAAUAAAUUUGUUCUGACUACAUUAAUUUAUUAUAUUUUUUUUUCAAAGUAUGUGUACAUUUUUUAGUUUUUCUCUAUGUAGAAGAGACAUUCUGGGAUGCUAAUACUGCCAAACAGUGAGAACAAUAUAUAAUUUGUUGACUAUAAGAUAUAUCACCUUUCUUCUCCCUCCUUACCACAAAACGAUCAAUAUAUGUAUUUCUUGCAAAUGCUAAGACUCUAUUAACUGUUCAAUUAUUGUCAUACAGUAAUAAGUAACUUAGGUAUAAACUUGGGUUUGACUUAAAUUACAGUGAACUUUGCAAAUGUGUACAUAGGCUAUUACAUAGACUAAAUGUGAUAUGAAUACUGGUUUAAAACCUUAUAUUACUGUAAAUAAAAUAUAAAUAUUUAAUAAUUUACUAUACGUUGAUAUUAUUUUAGCAUUUCUUUUUGAAUUUAUUAUAGUUAUAUUUUGUUUUUUAAUUGUUUUACUUUUAUUUAUAACAAAUAAAUUAGAAGUAAGGAGAAAACAAGAUGUGUAGUAAUGUAUAGUUCAUAAUAUAUGCAUAUAAUGCUCAGCUCAGAGUGGACACAAAAUAAUAAAUCAGUUAAACAGUAUAUGUAAAAUUAUUGGCAUUAUAUACUCUUUGAACACCAUUAUGAUCUAACAUGUAAAAUUUUAUAUUGUAAUACAACCAUUGCUUUAUAAAAAAACCUGGUAAAAAGGAACAAGUAACCUUGGAACUUGUAUCACCAAAUAACAUAAAUUUAAAUAUGAUUUACAGGGCUCCUAUUUUUUCUUAUUGUUUUAGAGCACACUUUUUCAGUUUGUUUUAACAUGUUUUCAAUUUGUAGCACUUGUUUUAAAUUUUUGUUUAACUCUGCAACUGGCCAUGUUAUAACUACUGGCAAGUCCAUUUUGGUCGAUUUGCAAAGUUUUUCUAAACUGCUAUAACAUUUUUAUGCAAAUGUACACUUAUUAUAUAUUUUUUCAAAAUUAUGUAGAAUUUUAAAAUUGAACUGGAAAAGAUAUCAAAACUCAUUAAAAAUAAACUUGAAAAAACUUGUGGUUGCUGAACAGUUUUAGCGCAAAACCACAAAUAUUGAGUUGUCUGGUUGUGUACCAAUUUUUGUAAAAAUCCAUAAUGUUUAGAGUUUAUUAACCAAGAAGAAAAUAUGAAACAAUGUAUAAAAAUAUAUAUUUUACUGUAUUACUUGUGAUCUGUGAUAUUUGUGAUACUAAAUAACAAUGUGUUAUGCCUGUAUAUAAUUUGGUGUUACGCAAUGUUUAAUUAUAUUUACAAAUACAUUUUCCUGGAGAAAAUCCUGUGAUUUCUAUUCUGUUAACUGAUUAAAAACAACAUUUUUUUAAACUUUGUUUAGUUUGUAGAACCAUAUUUUGAAAUAAUUCCAAACAUGUUGUGCGUAUUAUACUUUAUUAUAUUCUUAUAGAACAGUGUGUGUGUAUUUGAGUUAAAUUCUAUUGCAGAUUUGCAUAAUGAAUAUAUUUCGAGAAAUCAUCAAACUUGAAUCCUGAAAGUCUGGAGGAUUAAGUACAGAAAUGUUUUUUUUAAUUCAUACCCUUUGACUUCUGUGUAUAAUAUUCACCAUACUCCACCAACCACUGAGAGCAAACUAUAAUAAAUACUAACCUAAUAUGUUUUGUGCCUUUUAAAAGCACUGUUUGGUUGAAAAAUUAAAUUCUCUAUGAAACUCACAAGUCAUUCAAAUUAGUCUAAAAUCUCUAUUUUUGUUCUUUUUAGUUAUAAAUAGAAAUUUCUACAGUACGAAAUAUUUAAAAUAAAUUAUUCCCAUCAUUUUUGUGGAAUUUUCCAAAAUUGAUUGUACACAGGAGCAUCUGUGGGUGGGUUCUUUGACACCAAUGGAAGAAUUGAAACGCAAGAGAAAGGACUGGAAGUACCUAGUAAUUUUGUAGAUAAAAUAGUAUGCAUAAAUUCUUUUAUCUUUUACCUUCAGUUUUCUCCUACAAACUAAUUUUAUUUACUUGGUUACAAUACUCACAGAAAUGGGUUUACUUUGGUCUUUAUCUCCUCACAGUUCUAUAUGGUGUAAACAUAUCCCCUCUUUCCUUUCUCAAAUAGUUAUUUAUUUCUUAUGCUAUACUAUAAUAUGAAUAUGUCAUUAUUUACAGUAUUGCAUAAGAAUAAUUUUUGUAUUUAAAAUUAAAUAAAAUGCUAAACAAAAAACCUAUUUAUAUAUUGAGUAUUUAAAAUAAAUUCUUAUAUUUUAUUGCACUUGAAAUUCGGAUUAAAGAGUUAACAGCAUAGAUAUUUUUGUUUGUGUGUUGAAAAAGAAUCAGUAACAUUUAGGUUUUAGAAAUCCCAUAUUGAUCAAUGUUUUGAAGUUAGAGGGUGAUCAUAAAAAUUUAUGAAGGGCAAUUUAAAAAUAGUAUAAUGUAAGAUAGUAAUAGCUUUAAUAGUAUGUUAGUUACAUAUAUUGGUUUGUAAAGAAUGAAUAAAAAAAAUUGUAUUGUCACUAUUCUUUUAUUUAUUACUUUGAACUUUUGUUUUCUUAAUGUAAUAUAAUGUUUGUUUUUAUUUAUUUACAGCAGUAUUGAGACUCAAAUAAAUGAUAGCCACUUUGUUUUGUUUGAAUAAAAGUGUUAUUUACUAAA